AUGCGUUUGCGACCGGCUACUCCGCUUAGUAUCUUGCUGUUCGCGGCCUUUGCACUGUUGUUGCUGAGCGUAUUGAGCACUCCUGUCGUUACGUCUAUUCACUUGGCCUCUUAUAAGGAUAUUGCAUUUGGUGUCUUCGGCUUUUGCGACGCGAACAAAUGUAGCGGUGUCAAGAUUGGCUAUGAUAUGGGCUCGCUCUCACCCGCUAAUUCCGACUUCUCCCUGCCAUCCAAUGCACGCAACUCACUAUCAAACUUACUGAUUGUUCACCCUAUUGCUGCACUUUUCACUCUAAUAUUACUGGUGCUUGCAGUCAUAUCCCACCUUCACUCACCCGCGCACUCGCCUCGUUACCUGCUAGCACUUCUCAUACUUUCGCUGCCAACUUUCCUGCUUUCACUCCUGGCCUUCUUGGUUGAUAUAUUGAUCUUCCUUCCGCAUGUGCAAUGGGGUGGUUGGGUGGUUUUGGGUGCGACCAUUCUGAUUGCGGUGGCAGGAGUAGUAAUGUGUGGGAUGCGUAGGACCAUUGUGUCAAAGGAGGCGAGAAGAAAGAGGAUAGAAGAUAACGCUGCUAUGAACGGCCAAGAAUUUUACGCAUCACAGGCUCUUGCUCGAGAGCGUGCUGCUGCCCCUACGCAACCCGACAAAGCCCCCGAAUUUGCAACGUUCGAGGUGAACAAGACGGCACCAGGUGAACCAGAGGGAGAGAGAAUCCUGCUUAACCCUAGAUCUAGAACUGUUUCCCCACCCAUACCAGGCACUGCAUCGGAUGGGUCGUUUACAAGGAGCAAUACAUUGACAAGGGAACCGAGCGACAGAAGUGUGGGAUAUGGGCCGCCACCUAGAGGUGCUGGGCCUUUGUCUAGACCUAUGCCUCCAGGGCAAGUAAGGAAUCAAUACUCAAAUGGAACAUUACAAAUAGGGACUAGCGGAAGCCCGGGGCCGUAUGGAACCCCACCUCCACAAAGGGGCGGGUAUGAUAGGGGGUAUGGGGGGGAUGUAUAUGGAGAGCGGGGGCCGCCACUGGGUGGAUUUAGGGGACCAACACCGCCCGGCAUGUAUCCUCCUGCGGGAGGGCUGGCUCCCCCGCCAAGGAGAGGUCCUUCGCCGGGUCAACUUGGACCCCGGCCAGCUCCCGGCAAUGCUUACGGUGGUGGAGGUCCAGGAUAUGGCAUGGGCCCACUGCAGAAUAGUGGAGUAAUGAGCCCUCCCCCUCCCCAAGGAGGGGUGCGUGGUGGGCAAGCUCCAUACGGUGGAAUGGGGGGACCGCUUCCGGGAACGAUGAUGAUGGGUGGAAGGGGUGGCCCUAUGCCUCCACCUGGGCCACGGCAGUAUGAUUACCCUGAGGAUGAGAUCAUUGAUGAGAGGAGGGAGUUUGAAAAGACACUGCCAAUAGCUGGUGUGGUUGGGGGCACAGGGAGAGAUGAACUUGGAGGUAGACCGAGUGGACCGGGUGGGCCGGUGGAAUUAGACACGGAUGAACGCCCUUCAGAACCUCCGCACACAGGAAGGUUAUCCGUGGUAAACGAAAAUGGAGGAUCAACCUCACAGGACGAGUAA